AUGGACGACCAUCUUGACUUUGAAGAUGGAAACGACCUUCCACCUCCGUACUCACCAAGUGCGAAUCCCACCAGCAGCGCCUCAGCCCAACACUCAGACGCAAGGCCUUCAUCCAUAUUCUCGUCUCACGUAGCCGGCCUUCGAAGCGAAAUCACCGCCUCGCAGGCUGCCCGAGCCUCGGCCAGAGAUGACCGCGACAGCUACGUGCUGUCGCUCAUCGUGCCAUACAUGGAAUAUUUCUUGUCCUCUAUUUCAGAGAUCCAUCCGACGCCGAGGCUUGCGGAAGCGACGUUUGUGCCCGAUGCAGCCAUCGGCGAGGGCUGGAAGUUUAGCGACGAGGAUGAAAGGCGUGCGGGCGAGUUUAGGACGCUGAUUCGUGUUCGCGAAAAUACAAAGAAAGGCGACGGCCAAACGAAAAAGAAAACAGACGGCUAUGCUCUGUCGGAGGGUGGUGAUGAUGGGACGAGUCCGUCACUUUGGUGGGAAAACGAAGACAUGGCGCGGCGGCUUGCGAAGCAUCUACAACCUCAACGGCCCGCCUCUAUUCCCAAAAACACGCAAUCGAUUAGGGAUCGGUGCGCCAGUCAAGCCAACGGCAGCAAGAAAUCCGGUAUCUGGGGUCUGUUCAAGAAAUCGGACGAACCUGUCCGGCCAGCACCCCCCGCGGCUGAGGAACCCAAAGAUGACGUGGUGAUGACUGCCAAAGCCGAACAAGUCACGUUUAGAAAGGAAAACGAGUUUGGGUUAUGGGAGACAUUGACGGGAUUUGGCAUUGUAGUGCGCGUGAGAAUUAGAAUGGCCGGGGACGUUGUGAAGAGAUGA